GAAGACGUUGCGCUGCGUGUCCAGCUAUGCUUCUUUUAAACUACAUUUCCCGUCGGUUUGCAGUGUUGUUAGAAAAUAACCUGGGCUAGGGCAUACUGCAAUAACUGGAGCUUCUUGUAAACAGCUGCCUCGUCGUUGGGCACAAACCACCGAUCCCUGUUUAUUGCUGACAAUUGACAGAAAUGUCAGAGACGUCAAGUGAUGCAGAGUCGUCCUGUGGAUGGACCAUUAUUAGUAAUGAGGGUUCAGAUAUCGAGACGUUGGCAUCGGAGGCUGUAGUGGAAUAUGGAGCCGAGCUGUUAGAGCGCCCUCCAGUUGAGGAAGUAGAGCUGCAGGACACACAGGCUGCUGCAUCUGCUGCUGAGUGUGUUGAAGAGAGGGUUGCUGAUUCACUUGAGGACACUCUGGGAGAACAAACCAUAGAUGAGACACUGUAUGUCUCAGAGGCCAGAGACAACACCACAGGGAAAGAGCAUGUGAGUCUGUUGUCCUCCAGCGAUCACUCAGACAUUGUGACUCUCGGAGACUUGAAGGAGGAGGGGCACGCUCAGGUGGAAGAGGAGGCGGCAGCCAAUGAGGAGUUCUACCUCGGCACCUCCUGCAGCAGCCAGUAUGCUUUCACUGCUGCAGAGACUGCAGGUUUGAUGUUGAGUCACUGGAAACUUCCACAGAGUCUCGUGAACUUAGGCUACCAUCUGAGAAGUCAGCUCACUGGAGGCCGCUCUUUUCCAGGUUUCCCAGCGCAGCAGCCUGCAGUGACAAACUCAAGCAGCAGCGAGGAUGAGGCAGGGCGAAGCGCCAGUAGUGUUGUCCGAAGACGAAGGUUGAGGAAGAAUACCACAAGCAUCGUGACAGAACCUGAGGUGGAGGAGGCGGCGGCGCUGGAGUCUGAUCAGAGUGUCGAGGAGGAGGAGGAGGAGGAAGACAAGGGGCAGCAGGAGGAGCGGGCAGAAGUUAAACCCGUUGUUGCUCCGGAUGUCCAAAUGCAAGGCCAGCGCAGCAGCAUCCUCAACACGUGUAUCCUGAUUGCCCUCGUCAUAGCCAUCAGCAUGGGCUUUGGACACUUCUGUGGCACAGUCCAGAUUCAAGAAAGACAGAAAACUGUGGAGAAAAUCAGAGUGAAUGAACUUGAUGGUGUGAGAGAUCUGCUUCACCAACAUGUUAGAGAAAAACCUUUUACAAACCAGGUCCGGAGAGGUGAAGUUGGUCUGGAUGACGUGGAGGAGCAAAAAGUUAUUUCACUGCUCACAGAGGCGAUUGAGAAGAUAAAGAAAGAAAACCAGGAGCUCAACAUCAACAAGGCGUACAUUCAGGCCCAGAGAGAUGACCUGGAAAUGUUGCUGAAACAGAAGGCUGAGGAGAGGACGAACAUUGUGUCUCAGCAGCAGAGGUUGACAGCCGAGAACCAGCAGCUGAAAAGCUCCCUGGAACGUGAAGAAAAGUCCCUGUCCACCUUACAGCAGGAGCUGAGAAAACUGCGCUCUAAGAUCAGCGAUUGGGAGGCGACAGGAGCUGCUGCCGACUCGCUGCUGUUGGAAAACCAGAGGCUGAAAGACCAGCUGGAGGAGGAGAAACAGCUGAUCCGAAGCUUCCACGGCCAGAGGGAGGAUAUGAUGGCUGAAGCACAGACACUGAGGAAGAAGCUCGACAAGGAGAGAUUGGUUACAGGUGAGCUGAGGAGAGAGUUGCAUCUGCUGAGAAGUCGCAUCCCUGGAGCUGGAAAGGAAGCCGGUUCAGAGGCAGAAGAGCUGCAGUCACGUCUGAUGGAGCUGGAGAAGAGACUGAGCUUCGAGCAGCAGCGCUCUGACCUGUGGGAGAGGCUGUAUGUGGAAACCAAAGAAGAAAGAGCCAAAGGAGACACAGAGUCCAAAGGGAAAAAACCAAAAGAGGGCAUGGCAGGGAAAGUGAAAGAGACAUUUGAUGCUGUGAAGAACUCCACCAAGGAGUUUGUCCAUCACCACAAAGAGCAGAUAAAGAAAGCAAAGGCAGCUGUGAAGGAGAACCUGAGGAAGUUUUCAGAUUCUGUCAAAUUAACUUUCCGACACUUCAAAGAUUCGGCUUCGACCUUCAUCAACAAAGCCAGAGGCUUUUAUAAUAAGAGACGUGAUGACAAGAAUUCAAAAGACUUGUGGCAGCACAGAUCCGACAAGCCUCAUCACAGAGACCCGCACAAAUUUCACGACUUCUUUCAGAGCGACCACAACACCCGAAAAUCAGGAUAUAAAGUUCACGACGAUCAAGGUCAAAACACCCACAAGGCCAACUUGAAAGGAUGCUCCGGGGUUUUUGACUGCGCCUACCAGGAGUCCAUGAGUCUCUUCAACAAAGCCAUGGAGCCGAUCAGAGCAGACGAAUUCUACCAGCUGCUGCAGAGCUACCUGCAGCAAGAAGUUGACCACUUCCACCACUGGAAAGAGCUGGAGACGUUCAUCAACAACUUCUUCCACAACGGAGUGUUCAUCCACGACCGGAUGCUGUUCACACACUUUGUCCGCGGCGUGGAGGACUAUCUGACCGACAUGCACGAGUAUCACGGCCUUGAUGACGACGUGUUCGGAGAUCUUGAUGACUACAUCUACCGGCACUUCUUUGGAGAGGCUUACACAAAAAGCUAUGGCCCGAACGGGCCGUCUGAAAGACCCGACGCAGACUCGAAGGAGGAGUCGAGGGCGAAGCAUCAACAGCGAAAGCAGCAGAGAGCCAGAUCUCGGCCACACAGUGAACGCAAGUGGAGCAGAUCGGGAAAAAACGCAGACAGACACAUUGCUGACGUCAAAAUAGAACUGGGUCCUAUGCCGUUCGAUCCCAAAUACUGAAAAUAUCUCAACUGGUUUAAUAUUAUAGUUGCAAAAUCUAUUUAAUUUUUUUUUUGUAUGUUUGCACAAUGGUCACUUUUUAAAGCUACUGAACGUCCUUGAUCUGUUUUAUGUUUAGUGACGUAAUCGUUAUUAGGUUUGAGUGAAAGAUGUGGCUUACGUCAUCUGCACAUUUCCUACAUGAGAAGUAGGAGUUCAUUUAACAUUUUACAAAUGUGAAAAUGAAACACUGUAAAUUAUGGACCUGAUGAUUUCCGCAGAUACUCAUCUUCAACCACAGCACUUAAUGUUUAAAAAUAAACAUAAAAAUAUUGAGCAAAAAAUGUUAAUUGGGAAGCAAACUAUUGUUCUAUGUUAAACAAAAAACAGACGUGCCACAUUUAGGAUGUUUCCGUGUACAGCCCAUAGACUGUAUACAGUCAGUGGUACAGCCGUGUAGUUGUUUUAAUUUGCUGCUACAAAGACAGUUUGUGUGACGGGUUGCAAUCUGCUUUCAGAGUUAAAAUGCAGUUUUCUAACAUUCCACCUCGAGCUUGUUUUGACUGGACCUGGCAGUUUUAUUUGUUUUAUUUACAUGUGUUGGGGCAAAAAAUUACUGGAAAAAAUAAUGUCACACCAAAUGUAGUUGUGAAUAAAAAACACAUCUGACAAGUGAUAUUUCAAAAUAACAUUUAAGUUUAAAAUAUAUAUUUCAGUAGCAAAUCCAUAACUGCCAUUGUUCCAGUGUUUGUCAGUGCCUUUCAUAAAUAAAAAUGCUUCCUCCAA